UCCCUCCACUCCCUGCCCCACCCGCGCCCGCUUCCAGUCCCUGAGGGAAACAGCGAGGGCGUGAGUGUGUCUUCUGCUGGCUGUUGGCCCCCUCAGACGGUGCCCUGGCAGAGCUCUCCUCGCGGCCCGUCGCCUCCCCGCCUCCCCGGCUCUGGCAACAAAACUCUAGCGCAGAGCCGGGGAAAUGGGGAGGAGUCCUUCCGCGUGGCACCCCAGGGCCUCCCGCUGGUCUGGAGUCGGCCCGCCCCGAGGGGCGUGAGGAGGGGGCGGGGCUGAGGACUUAGGACUGGGGCCCAGAGACCGCCUCCUGCCGAGUCCGAGCAGGCAGCCCCGUCUGGUGCUGAGAGAGCCAUGACCGCGCUACGGGGGCUCUGGCCCGAGAUGCAGGAUACCUGCACCUCGCUGGGGCUGAUGCUAUCGAUCGUGCUGUUCAUGGGUCUAGCCCGCGUGGUCAGCCGGCAGCAGCUGAACGGGCCCAUGGCCCACGCCUUCGUCUUGGAGUUUCUGGCCACCUUCCAGCUCUGCUUCUGCACUCAUGAGUUACAACUGCUGAGUGAGCAGGAACCCCUUCACCCCACCUGGCCGCUGACGCUAAUCUACUUCUUCUCAUUGGUGCAUGGCCUGACUCUGGUGGGCACCUCCAGCAACCCCUGCGGCGUGAUGAUGCAGAUGAUGCUGGGGGGAAUGUCCGCUGAGACGGGUGCGAUUAGACUGUUAGCUCAGCUGAUUGGUGCCCUGUGCAGCAGGUACUGCAUGGGCGCCCUGUGGAGCCUGGGGCUGACCAAGUAUCACGUCAGCGAGAGGAGCUUCGUUUGCAGGAAUCCCAUUCAAGUGGACUUGCCCAAAGCGGUCAUCAUAGAGGCUGUCUGCUCUUUUAUUUUCCACAGCGCUUUGCUUCACUUCCAGGAGGUCCGAACCAAGCUUCGUAUCCACCUGCUGUCAGCACUCAUCACCUUUUUGGUCUAUGCAGGAGGAAGUCUAACAGGAGCUAUAUUUAAUCCAACUUUGGCACUUUCACUGCAUUUCAAGUGUUUUGAUGAAGCAUUCCUUCAGUUUUUUAUAGUAUAUUGGCUCUCUCCUUCUUUAGGUAUAUUGCUGAUGAUUUUGAUGUUCAAUUUUUUCCUUCCAUGGCUAUAUGACAACCACACAACUAAUAAAAAGGAGUAACUAUUCUAAAAGACUCAGACAAUUACAGGACAGUCAAGCUGGAUGUGAUAAAGAUUUUAUCACCUAAUAUUCAACACUGGUUGCACUGGAUUCGUCAAUAUUAUCUUCCUUUGAAGAAGCUGCCUUAGAGUUUUCAUCACUGGAACUUAAAAAAAAAAUUACUGUGAAAAUGAAGUAUCCUGUGUUUCUCAGUUAAGGCUUGUUCUUUCAAGUGUGUAUUAAAUGCUGCUAGAAAAGACUACAUUAAGUAUAAAUCUCAAGUGAUAAUUGUUAAUUUUGAUGAAAAAGAAACUUGAGUACAGAGUGAGAAGGGAAGGGUAGAUGAUGGUGGGACCAAGAAAGAGUAUGUGUAUCAGGUGUCAUCUGAACGAGCAAGAUUUUUAACCAAAGUACAACCGGUCAUGCUUACAGAACUGGAGAGGGAUACUUUUCAGCCACUACCUCGAACAAUGAUACCAUCAGCAGUGUCAUCUUUCAAUAGGAAAGUUGCUAUUAGAAGUAGAUAUCUACUGAUACUCAAGGGGUUUCCUGAAUUUUAAAUAUAUUCUAAUCUAAAAUAUUUUCUCUAAAUAGGCAAUUUCAGAAGCUUUAGGCAAGCUGUCAUUCUUUAACAGACUUUACUAAAGCACUCAUACAAAGUUUAAGCUUUUCAUGUUCUCAUUUGAUUGUAACAGCUACUUUAUGAAGUACGUAGGGCAUGUAUUUUUAAUAUCCGUUUUACAGAUAAGGAAACUAAGUCUGGAAGGGAGUUUACUGCUCUGCCCAAGGUGAAACACAGUCAAAUACCAUCUUUAGACUUCUACUUCAAUACAAAAAUAUCUUCUCAGUUAUCAUUAAGACUGAAGGAACACUGAAGAUUUUGAAGAAACAUUAAAUAUUUUAUGUUACAGUCUCUUUUUUCAGGCUUAAAGAACCUUCAAGUUUUCCUCUAUUAGAAGCUUUCUUUUAUUAAAGUUCAGGCCAUUAAAGGCUAAGUAUGUUUUUCUUCAAAGGAAUUCCAUCAUCAGGGUUAGAAAUGAAAGCAAAAAGAAAGAAAAAGUGGCGGGGUGGGGGGAUGAAAUAAGACCUGUUUGAGUAAUAAUCAAUUAAGCAACUGAUAAACUUCCAGGUGAUUUAACUGCUGCUUGAUGAUCGGCCUGUGAUAGUCACUCUCCAUAAACCUGCAGACUGAACUCAACAGCUGCAGGCUACCCAACAAGGCAGCCAGUUUGAGGGUCAUGGACUUUGACUCUUGAACUUAACAAACACAGACAUAGUAGUUUCUAUUUUAAAAAGCAGAGUUCAUAAAAUUGCGACAAUGGCUAAAUGGAAUUUCUGACGUGUUUCAUUUGAUCUGCACAGUAUUUCAAACAAGCUAGCAUUUGUAAUAUUUUUUUAAAACACAAAAAUCCACAGUUCUAGCUUCUCUUGAAAAAAAUAAAAAAGAUGAGUCAACAUUAGGCCUGAAUUCUGCUAUUACAACCACACAA